UGUAAUAUUCACUUUGAACUCGUUCUUUGAAACGAACAGUUCAAAAGAACCGAUCGAUGCAAAUGACUCGAACUUCGUAUGACUAGUUCAGACUGAAGUAAUCGAGCACCGGUGGAGUGUUAGCACCCUUAGCCUUCUGGCUAACAGCUCUGAGAAGAUGGCAUCCCCGGACCAACCUGACCACCAAAAUCAGAGCGCUGCUCCGGCCGGAGAAGACGCGCCUCCAAGAGAAGCGCUGAUUGCCACGGCAGUCAAGUUUCUACAAAACCAGCAAGUUCGUCAAAGCCCCCUGGCAACCAGAAAAGCAUUCUUGAAGAAAAAAGGUCUGACUGAUGAGGAGGUCGAUCAGGCCAUCCAGCGGUCCGGUAGUACAGAGGAGCCGCUCACUGUAGCUGUUCCCGGGCCCGCACACAUCGCUCACCCUGUUCCACUGGCCCCAUACAGUCAGCUCUCUCUGAGAAUGAGUGUGAGGGGUCCCUCAGGUUACAGAUGGAGAGACUACACUGCCCUGGCUGUCAUCUUGGCAGGAAUGGCCUUUGGCUUCCAUCAUCUCUACCGGAAAUACAUCCUUCCCCUCAUUAUGGGCAGCAAAGAGGACAAGAAGCAUCUGCAGCGGAUCGAGAGCAACAUCGCGGAUAUGAGUGGCACGCUGACACAGACAGUCACCCAGUUGCAGAUGACCCUGGCUUCAGUGCAGGAGCUGCUGGUCCAGCAACAGAAGAAAAUACAGGAGCUGACACAAGAGCUGGCUAACUCGCAGGCCUCAUCUGCCACCAACCGCAUGCUGGAGUCUCAGAGCAUCAGUGAACUCAAGGCUGAGAUUGUAUCUCUUAAGGGUCUUCUUCUCAGCAGGAGAACUUUCCCCGCUUCACCCUCCGUUCCCAAAAUCCCAUCUUGGCAAAUCCCUCUCAAACCCGGAUCGCUGUCCAACCCGCCCUCCGUCAACCACACCAACAGCAGUAGCGACAUCUCGCCCGUCAGCAAUGAGUCGGCCAACUCCUCCCCCAUCAAAGAGGGCAGCAGCUCCCAGGCCACCCCGUCCGGCUCGCACUGCCUGAACGGAGACGUGGGCCUAGGCUCCAUUCUCCCUCUGGACCUAAAAGACCAGGUCCGUAUGGAAGUCCAGGGCGAGGAGGAGAAGAAAGAGGACGAUGAGGAUGAAGACGAGGAUGACGACGUGACCCAUGUGGAUGAGGAAGACCACCUGAGCGUGCAGACGGAGGACAGGAGAGGAGGCGACGGACAGAUAAACGAGCAGGUGGAGAAGCUCCGGCGUCCAGAGGGUGCGAGCAACGAGAGCGAGGUCGAUUAGAAAGAAACUCCGGACUUCAUCCAUCAAUUGGCUUCUCUCGGUUUCCUUAGAGUUAAUUUAAGUUCUGAUAUCACACCCUCGUCGCAGUAAAACGGCUACCGUGAGCAUCAUUUAACACUGUACGAAAGCAGCAGGUGAGGUGGAUUAUGUUCCUUUCACUGCAGUUCUUUACCCUUUUGACUUUUCAACAUGCAAACUUUCAACGUGCAAACCAGAGUGAAGGCACAAACCUUCUGCAUGCCUGAACAAGCACAGCAACAGAAAUUUCUGGAAAGACGACAAGAGAAUUAUGACUUUCUCUUUUGCAAUCCAUACAUUUCCCCUAAAUGCUAGCUAGCUGUUUUACUGGAGACUGUAGUACUCCAAAAAAGCCCGUUUAUGUGUACCAUAGCACUUCAAUAGUCAAUACAAUCGUCAUCAAUUGUGGUGUAAGGACUAUAGACAAAUCAGAGGCUCCAAAGAAAUUCGAAAGUUGUGAUCUGAGAUCUGUUUCUAUGCCAUUUCUUUUGUUUUGUUUAGCAGUAAACACUAGUUCUGGAUCAGACUUUGUAAUCUGUCGUAGUGAACCAAUUCUCCUUCAGAUGUGUUGUACACCGGGCUUCAGCAGUCUGUGUAACAACGAGGCCUUGUAUUUUGUGUUAAGAGUGAUGGUGGAUUUGAGAUUUCUGUGGGAGAAAGAAAGAGAGAGAGAGAGCGACACGUAUGAGAAUGCAGACAAUGAGGUGAAAGAGAAAUGUGUUUGUCUCUGUCGUAUCUCUCCAGUCUCCAGCAGGGUAGCUGAUUUGGUUUAUGAAGUAUGUUAAUAAUCAAAUGAUCGACAAAUAACAGAUGUAUUAGUUCAUGCGGCUUGAAAUGUCAAGGAGGCUAAAAUCGGAAAUCUAAUACUGAAAGCCUGUUAUAUUGUAUUAUAUUACAUGACAAACCCUCCAGUCCAAAUUAUAUAGGCCUCCUGCAGUGAAUAAUCUUAACAUGAAACGGUGCUGGGGUUUUGUAAUUAAACCGUGUAAAACAAUGGAUGCUUCAGCGGAGGUGCUGACAGUUGUGCUUUUCUCUUUGGGGGCUUUUCUCUCAGAAAGUCCUGAGAGGAUUAAAAAAAAAGACGCAAAAAAAAAUUCCCGUGAUGCAAAUGGAGAGUAACGUAUGAAUAUUUAACUAAUGAAAUUACUCACUCGCCAGCUGAUGAGAAACAAAGCCAGAGAGAUCCUGGAGUGAGAACAAGAGUGUCAGAUCCAUUGUGACAUUUUCUCUUUUAACAAAUGACCUUCAGAUAACCGGAUUACAGCGCAGCCAGGUGAAUUGUUGGUCUGUGGCGGCACAAUGCAAAGGCACAAUGAAAGAGCUCAACUUGCCUGGCCAUGUGUGUACGUCUUCUUACUUCCUAGACUAGGUUUGGCUUAACACCAACCCACACAAGAAUAGUAAAAAUUCAUAUGAUACAAUGUCAAGAGAAACCGUGUGUUCAUUUGAUAUGCAGUGAUUUUUUUUUCUUUCUAAAACUUGGGCGUUGAUUUGAAAAGCUAAAAAUCCAAAUGUGAAGUGAUCAUUAGAGGAAUA